GGUGAGAGAGACAAUAAUAAACAGCGGUUGACAGCACUGUCGGGAGCUUCUUAACUCCAGCAGCUCCAGAAAAGUAACAGGAUUUAAUUUGAAUCGUUAAACAAGCUCAGCGUGACGCUAAUAUUUUGUUUGCAUAUUGUUAUUUAUUCCUACGCACGUUGUUUUGAACUUUUUGUGUUGACAGUGACUUCGCAAUGCUGUCAUCUAUAUUUUCCUCCGAGUAUGAAUCUCGUCGCGUGUAAGGACAGUAUUUUCCAUCUGUGAAAUGGGAUUUACCGGCGCGAGGAAACUAUCGUGGGACUGUACGUCUGUUUCAGUUGGAAAAUCAACCUCUUGAUACUUGAGCGCGUUUAUUUUCAUCAUCCAUGGAGUCUGUUGGGAAGUUUGAGUUCAACAGGAAAGACCUGAUUGGUCACGGUGCCUUUGCAGUUGUGUUCAAGGGCAGACAUAAAGAGAAACGUGACUGGGUGGUUGCUGUGAAAUGUAUCAACAAGAAAAACUUGGCCAAGUCUCAGUCUCUGCUUGGUAAAGAAAUCAAAAUAUUGAAGGAGCUUAAACAUGAGAAUAUUGUCAGACUACUUGACUAUCAGGAAAUGGGAGGAUGUGUGUAUCUUGUCAUGGAGUACUGCAAUGGAGGUGACCUGGCAGAGUAUCUUCACUCUAAAGGCACGUUAAGUGAGGAUACCAUCCGAGUAUUCCUGCAGCAGAUGGGUCAGGCCAUGAAGGUCCUGCAGAGCAAAGGCAUCCUCCACCGAGACCUCAAACCCCAGAACAUCUUGCUCUGCCACCCAGAGGGCCGCAAGUCCAGCCCCAACAAUAUCUGCAUUAAGAUAGCUGACUUUGGGUUUGCACGUCAUCUCCAGACAAACACCAUGGCAGCCACACUGUGCGGUUCUCCCAUGUACAUGGCUCCUGAGGUCAUCAUGUCCCAGAACUAUGAUGCCAAGGCUGAUCUGUGGAGUAUAGGUACUAUUGUGUACCAGUGUCUGACUGGGAAGGCACCAUUUCAUGCGAGCACUCCACAGGAGCUUCGUCUGUUUUAUGAAAGCAACAGGACCCUCCUACCCAGCAUCCCGAAGGAGACUUCUACUAACCUCAGACACCUGCUGUUGGGGCUGCUGCAGAGAAACCACAAAGAACGAAUUAGCUUUGAUGAGUUUUUCCACCAUCCUUUCUUGGAGACGAGUUCAUCCACAAAGAAAUGCUCUCCAGCUCCUGUGCUCUCCUACCCCAGCUCAGGCUCGGGCAGUUCCUCAAGCAGCUCCUCCACAUCCCAAGUGGCCUCCCCUCAACAUUCCGAUGGAGAAAUGCAUCGACCUCAGCCCAAAGCACUGUAUUCCCCCACACAGGACACCCCCGGCUUUCUGCUGAAAGAAAUAGCCAAUCAAGACAGCAGGAGUACUUCAUCUUACACAGAGGACUAUGUCAUAGUGCCUCCAAAUGAGUGCACGUGUGAAGGGGAAGUUGGGUCACCCAUUGAGAGUUGCCUGAUAUACAGUGGGUGCUCACUACUGGCUGAGAGAGGUCCCAGAAAUGCAGGAAAGACACCUCCACCCUCUCCACUGCCACACUCUCCCCCCAAGCCUGUUAGCAAUCCUGUUGAAUUUUUCAGCCGUAACUGCAGUCCCUCUGUGCCCAUUCCUGUCCCAACUCAAAUCCACAACUACCAGCGUAUGGAACAGAAAGUGCAACCUGCUGGCCUGCACGGCUCCUCCAGGGCCACACUCUGCUGUGCCGGCAGCAGCUCCCCACAGUGUGGAGGCUGUAGAGCUCCAAGUCCGGAGUUUGUUCUCAACUCCUCACGGCUGGCAGCUGGAGGGGCCCGACCACAACAGUCCUCCCCACUAGUGGGAAUGACCCCAAAGACCUCAGAGCAGACUCUGCCGCUCAGCACAAGAACUGGACAGCUCGCUGGCUCUCCUGACAUGCAGGACGACUCCAGACCCAAGUACGUGCAACCAAGGAUGCAAAACCGAAGGAGGACAGUCCACGACCUGCGAUCCCAUAACCCAUCCCCUGCUUCCCAGACCAACCUCAAUGGGAAAACAGCGAAUAAAAAAGGCCCUUUUAAAAGAUCACAGAGCGCAGGCAGGCAGUCUGACAAGCUACUGAAGGCGGCUGUUGGAGCGCACCUGUAUGACCAGGGAAGUGACGAGAGCCUCAACUGUGAGAAAAACAUGGAUACAACAGCUCCUCCUACUGGUUGUCAUAGACGCUUCUCAGACUGUCCACCUCCUGUUGUCUUCACUCUGGGUUCUCCUUCCAAAGGGAACACUCCCCCUGAUUACCUCGCAUCAAGGAGGCUCUCAGGCACCCCCAUCUACAUUAACCCAGCCUGGCCACUGAACAGUCGUCUUGCCUGUGGAGGAAACCGUAGAAACAGUGAGACUGAAGCCAUGGACGCCACUCCACUCAGCAGUCUGCUCUUUCACCCUCCAGAGCUUCCUGAAGACACACUGAUGGAGCAGGCUCAUACAGAUGGUCUGAGUGAACUGCGUUUCACCUUGGCUUUUGUCCACUGUGUCAUGGAUCUGGCUUCCUCCAAGGACCCGGGGCUGGAUGCCAUCAGCAGUCCUGAUGUUUCCUUUCUAGAGCAGAGCGUAGUGACUGAUCAGAUCAGCCUUCUGAGUAAAGAAUGGAGCUAUGCAGAGCAGUUAGUGUUGUACAUGAAGGCUGAAGAGUUCCUGUCAUCAGCGCUGCACACGGCUAAAGAGAAUAUCAAACAAGGCCAGCUCCUUCCCUCGGCUACAGUCAAACAAGUGAUCAAGAAGCUAAAUGAAUUGUACAAGAGCUGUGUAACGUACUGUCGCACCCUCAACCAUCGCCUGCAGUCCUUCUUACUUGACAAACAGAAGCUUAUGGACAGCUUCAAUGGACUCACAGCAGAGAAGCUCAUUUACAACCACACUGUGCACAUGGUACAAAGUGCUGCUCUGGAUGAGAUGUUCCACUAUGGCACAGCAUCAGUCCAGCGCUACCACAAAGCCCUUUUGCUGAUGGAGGGUCUGUCCCAAAUCAUCACUGAGCAGAAGGACAUUGACAGCAUAGAUAGAUGUAAGCAAUGUAUUGAGCGACGCCUUUCUGCUCUGUAGACGCAACAGCAGCCAGGAGCUGUACAACUGUGUCCACAGCAACUGCAUUAUCUUGCCUCAUUCAUCUGCCUUCAAUACAGAUGGAUCCUCCCACACACAUAAGCACUUUGAUCUGUCUUAAGGGAAUUGACCAGUGGAGCAUCAGCUCUUAUCCCACCAGUCAGUCUCUAAUCUUCACAUAAAUGCACAGAAAAGACUGUAAGAAAAAUUCUUAAAGACAGAUUGUGAUAUGAUUGUUGGAAUACUUUGAUCAGGUAAAUUGUUGUCAGUAUUUUUUGUGUUGUUACAGACUGUGUGUUGUUUUGCACAUAUAAUAAUCUGAUAGCUGAUUUUAACUGUGUUGUACUUGAAACAAAGAUCAUUGAGUUGUUUUCUGUAUUUGAAGUCUUGGUGUUUUGUGUACAGUAAGAGUUCACCAGCCAAGAGGAGUCAGAAUACUUUGGAUGAGAUGACCAAAUGUGUAGCAGUAAUAGAAAAACUGUGCCUGCUUUUUGUACAUUUUUCAUCAAAGCGGAGAAGUGGAUGUAAUGAAAGUAUGUUUUGACCUCAAAUAGCAUACAUGUCUUACAGUCAUAUUGACUUACAUUAUAGACGGCAAUACAUAUAUUUUAGUUUUAGAGCAACUAAUCCAGCACCGCCCUUCCUUGGGUGGUGAUGUACUGUUAGAAGGUACUUUAACUGCAUGCCACACUGCUGCUGUUUGUGUGUAUGUGUGCAUAGUAUCAUUAUUGCAUCAGCUGUUUUUGCAAUAUAAAAAGAUUGCGUUAGUGUGUGAAUGAAUUUGUACAUGAUUUUUGCCUGAUAGGACGCUAUCUUAUAUAUUCAAUAUUUUGUGAAAAUGUUAGCAUUACAAAUCAAAGUUAGAAUUUAUGAAAUUGCCUUUUCUACUUGUAUUUCAUGACUGCAAGUCAAAUUUGCCAAAAUGAGUUGGUACACUCUGUGUGACGAAAAUAAAUAAUGUUUAUUGUUAAAA